CGCUCAGGCGCUGCUGCGGCCGCCUCUUUCGGGUCUUAGGAGCCGCGGUGGCGACGGCGGCUUGGGGGAAGAUGGCGGCGACCUGGUGGCGAGUCGCGUUGUACGGGAGUCGGAGGUGGCGGGGCUUCAGCACCUCAGCCGCCCUGAGCCGCCGGACCGCUCCUCUGGGGCCGAUGCCCAACGAGGUCAUCGACGUGAGCAACCUGGAGCGGCUGAAGAAGUACCGCAGCUUCGACCGCUACCGGCGCCGGGCGGAGCAGGAGGCGCGGGACCCGCACUGGUGGCGGACCUACCGGGAGCAUUUCGGAGAGGAGUCAGAUCCCAAAGACAAGAUUGACAUUGGGUUGCCUGCACCUAAGGUCUGCCGGACCCAACAGCUGUUGGAGCGGAAGCGGGUCCUCCAGGCACUGCGGGCCAAUGUGGAGGAGGAACGGGCCGCUCGCCUCCGCACAGCACGCAUCCCACUGGAGGCAGUGAGGGCUGAGUGGGAGAGGACCUGUGGCCCCUACCACAAGCAGCGUCUGGCUGAACACUACGGCCUCUAUCGAGACCUGUUCCACGGGGCCACCUUCGUGCCCCGAGUCCCCCUGCAUGUGGCCUACGCUAUAGGCGAGGACGACUUGGUGCCUGUGUACUACGGCAAUGAGGUCACUCCAACUGAGGCUGCCCAGGCCCCGGAGGUGACCUAUAAGGCAGGCGAGGGCUCCAUGUGGACACUGCUGCUCACCAACUUGGAUGGGCACCUGCUGGAACCGGAUGCCGAGUAUUUGCACUGGCUGCUAACCAACAUCCCAGGCAACAGGGUGGCUGAAGGACAGGAGACGUGUCCCUACCUGCCCCCCUUCCCUGCCCGAGGCUCCGGCUUCCACCGCUUUGCCUUUCUGCUCUUCAAGCAGGACAAGCCAAUCGACUUCUCUGGGGACACCCGGCCCUCACCCUGCUACCAGCUUGCCCAGCGGACCUUCCACACUUUUGAUUUCUACAAGAAACACCAAGAUGCCAUGACUCCAGCUGGCCUGGCCUUCUUCCAGUGCCGCUGGGAUGACUCGGUCACCCACAUCUUCCACCAGCUCCUGGACAUGCGAGAGCCUGUGUUUGAGUUUAUGCGGCCGCCCCCUUAUCACCCUAAGCAGAAGCGCUUCCCCCACCGGCAGCCCCUGCGCUACCUGGACCGGUACAGAGACAGUCACGAACCCACCUAUGGCAUCUACUGAGUGGCUGGAGUGCCACCCCCCUCAGAGAGUGGACUGGGCCUCUCAGGCCACCCUGUCAGGCUCCGCAGGCGGGAGCAAUAGAGACACAGUGCCAAGGGGGGCAAGCAUUGGGGUUCUCCGGCCUGCCUGAGGCAGCCCCUCUGCUGCCCUCCCAGCAGGCCCAGGGCUUGGAAGUGAAGAAAGUUGGGGAGUUGGGGGUAUGAAUAUAUUGAUUUUUGCUGUAGCUGGUCUGGGUCUGUGUUCUGGGAGCAGCCAGAAUGCCCCCUGGUGGGACUCUUGCUUUAUGGGUGGGAAGAAGGCUGUCUCCCACCCCAGGAGGUGACCCCUCACCUCUGCUUCCUGAGGGUGUCAGAGGCCCUGCGAUCCACUGGCUGAAGACGGGUGCAGAAGAAAAGCAGGCAGUGGACCCUGGCUGCUCCCACAGGCCUCUUGAAAGAAAUUUGCCAGCCCUGGGCAUUGGCCCCUUGCCGGCUGUUCACAGGCUCCUGGCCUCCAGAUACUUUGAAUAAGAAGCCUUGUCAGGUGGGGCAAAGGCAGGUCUCAGAGAUCUCUGGGCACGCCCCCUGCUCAGGACCCAGAAAGCUCCCGAGUGCUUGCUGGAUGGUUAGGGUAUUUCUCCUCUCUAAAGGCAGAGACUGCCUAGUAGCCAGUCAAGAGAUCAAUGCACCUUGUCCAGCAAGAGAAACUUCACAUACUGUCACCCAGAAGACAAUACGCUUGCUGCAUCAAAGGGAGAGGACGCCCCGCCUCAAAAUUAGGCCAGCUCCUUUGGAAAGAAAGAGUUAACCCUCCUCCAGCUCACGCUGGCCCAGCACACACUGCCCCCAGGGCAGGUGGGUUAGCAGUCAGGAUCCUUCUGUGCUCAGCUGCAGGGGAACCACCUCUCUAAAAAGUGAGG